AUGUAUUCAAUAUUUUUGAUUGGUAUUAUAUUAAUUAUUAUUGUUCUUAGUCUUUCUCAUACACGUAGUACAUUUACAAAUCAAUUAUAUAUGAAACGAAAAAAACGUUAUUCAAUAAAUAAUGAUAGAAAUAAUUUUAAAAAUUCAUAUAUGACAAUUCAAAUGAAUCCAUUUUCAAAUUUAGAUGAUAUUAAACGUAUUCGAAAUGGAACAACAAUAUUAUUAGAAGAUGAUGAAGAAUUAAUGAAAUCUGAAAUUUCAUUAAAAUUUUAUGAAAAUAAUGCAAUUGAAUUACGUUUAGAACAAGAUUUUGAUUCUGACAACGAUACAAAUGACAAUUAA